UGUGAAUCAAGAGAUGAUUGGAACAACGAACUAGGGGUGUCCCAAAGUAUGGCAGCUAACCGUCGCCCUCCGAAGCCGAAGAUUAAACCAGCCCGCAAGCACGACGAAUUUUUGCCAGAGGACACAUGGAACCGGCUGUCCAAGAACAUUCGCGAAAUACAUAUGCACAAUGCGUCCUCCCUCUCCUUCGAAGAGAAUUAUCGAUAUGCGUAUAACAUGGUCAUGUAUAAGAGCGGAUCCAUGCUCUACAAUGGCGUGCGCGAUCUAGUAGCCGAGAAUGUGGACAGGCUGGCCGAGGAGGAUAUCACUCCUUCCUUUCCGAAAGGGACGAGUAACGAUCCUGUACAACAAGGGCAGGAGAAUGAGUUGUUACUCAAGUCUUUGAGGCGCGUUUGGGAUGACCAUACUGGAAAUAUGUCCAAGCUUCGUGAUCUCCUCAAGUAUAUGGACCGCGCAUACACGAAGGCGAACAAUGUUCCUGAGAUAUGGGAUGCAGGAUUGGACAUAUUCCUAAAGCAUAUUAUUCGCCCUCCGAUACAAGACCACAUUUUAUCCGCGAUUGUCACUUUGAUUCAGAUUGAGAGGGACGGCUACGUCAUCAGUCGGUCUGCCGUUAAGGAAUGUGUCGACGUAUUCCUUCAACUCCACUCUGGACAACAAGAGAAUGAGACGGUGUACAAAAGAGAUGUGGAGCCAGCUGUUCUCCUGGCGAGCGAGAAAUUCUACAAGGCAGAGGCGGAGCGACUGCUCGCUACUUGUGAUGCACCGGAAUUCUUACGGAGAGUUGAGGUUCGCUUCCAGGCUGAAAAGUCAAGGACCGACCAUUAUCUUCAUUCUCAAACUGGGACCCCGCUCCGGAAAAUAUUGGAAGAGCAUCUUCUUAUCGAUAACUUGUCGACCGUGGUCGAAAUGCCUAACUCCGGUCUUGAUCCCAUGAUUGACCUGGAUAGAAUCGAAGAUCUCAAUCGUCUCUACAGAUUAUUCGACAUGGUUCUUCCUGGCCUCCCCACACUCAGGCGUGCACUCAAGGCCUCUGUGCUACGCAGAGGCAAGGAAAUCAAUCAGGCGUCUGCGUGUACAGAAGGUGGCGAGACCGCCGAGGCCGAGGCAGAAGCAGAAACCGGAAAAGCCAAUGGAAAAGCCAAGGGCCGUGCUGGUGGCCCGCCCCAAACUCUGAUACUUGCAUUGAAAUGGGUACAAGACGUAUUGGAUCUCAAGGACAAGUUUGACAAGUUGAGGAAAGAAGCUUUCCUUUCUAACCGGGAAAUUGAGAGUGCUCUGCAUGAGGCUUUCGAAGAUUUCAUCAAUCUGAACGACAAGGCUCCAGAGUACAUUUCCUUGUUUAUCGAUGAAAACCUUAAGAAGGGUCUCAAAGGUAAAACGGAUGUCGAGGUCGACAUAGUAUUGGACAAGACCAUCACCGUCUUCAGGUACCUCAUUGAGAAAGAUGCGUUCGAACGCUACUACAAGAACCAUUUGGCAAAACGCCUUCUGUACGGCAGAUCUGUUUCCGAUGAUGCGGAGCGAGGCAUGCUUGCUAAACUGAAGAUUGAGUGCGGAUACCAAUUCACCCAAAAGUUGGAAGGCAUGUUCCAAGAUAUGAAGAUAUCAUCAGACACCAUGCAGGCAUACCGAAAGCACCUAGAAAACACCACAGCGCCUGCGAUUGAAAUUUCCGUAACGGUGAUGACCUCGACGUUUUGGCCAAUGACGCAUUCUGGAGCCACAUGCGUGCUUCCCGAAAUAUUGACGAAGGCAUGCAAGUCCUUCGAGCAGUUUUAUCUAUCUCGCCACUCAGGUCGAAGACUAAAGUGGCAACCAUCCCUUGGCAACGCUGACGUUCGCGUCCAGUUUAAAGCUCGGAAACAUGACUUGAACGUAUCGACGUUCGGGUUGGUAAUACUACUUCUGUUUGAGAACCUCGGCGAGAAUGAUUUCUUGACGUACGAGGAAAUACAAUUGGCGACCUCGAUACCGUCUCCCGAACUCAAACGGCAUCUACAGUCGCUCGCCUGUGCCAAAUACAAAAUCUUGAAAAAACACCCGCCUGGUCGGGACGUACAAUCGUCGGAUUCCUUCUCUUUCAACAACGCCUUUACUUGCGCCAUGCAAAAGAUCAAAGUUAGCACGGUAUCUGCCAAUGUUGAAACGAUAGAAGAGCGGAAAGAAACGAGAGAACGCAUCGAUGAAGAGCGACACUACCAAAUUGAGGCGUGCCUCGUUCGCGUGAUGAAGGAUCGGAAACACAUGACGCAUAACGAUUUGGUAUUUGAGGUUACGAGGCAGCUUGCCUCUCGUUUCCAGCCGAAUCCGCAAGGCAUCAAGAAGUGUAUUGAGAAUUUGAUAGACCGAGAAUACCUGGAGCGCUGUGACGAUCGGAAAUCAUAUAACUACCUGGCAUAGCUUUAUAAGUUUGUAAUGUACACAUUUGUAUUCUACAUCUACCCGGAGCCGCAAUAUCCUUUGUUCCAUCAGGGCUAUGAUCAAACACCUGAAACACAGAAACGCGAGACGAACACAGAGAAAAGAGAGGUGGGUGGGCCGGAUGACGGAAGACUGUGCUAAGCUUGUGGGACAGACGAGAGACAGGUCAGGAGAGUAAGAAAAGGUAGCUACGGGAAACUCUGCCCGCAGGGGGCGGAGCAGCAAGGACAGGCGAUGUGACGACGCUGAUGACGCGUGGGCAAAGCCACCGGUGGCUAAGAGCUUCGCCGCAGAGGUAAAGGCCUCGUAGCAGCGGUCGCACCCAGUCGAUAAGUCUCGUGUGAGCAAAUUUAAACCCAAUAAAUGGAAGUGGUAGUACGAGUGGGUCAUUGUUAUCAUACUUGAUGAAAUACAUGCG